GUUGUCAUGUAAGUGUUGGGGUGGAGUGCCCCCAUUUCAAUAUAAAAAUAUGGAAAUUUCAUUGAAUAGAAUCAGAAUAGAAUCUGCGUUCCAGCUAGAAACACCGAUUAGUUUUCUGUCUAAUUAAACAAAUUCAAAUCACAAAAUGAAAUUCGCCGUAGCUGCUUUGUUCACAUUGGCCUUGGCUUUGGGUGUCCAAUCAUCGGUUGUUCCUCUGUGGGCCGGUCAUCAUCUGUCGUACACUGCUGUGGCACCAUCCUUGGUUGGUCCUUGGGGACAUACCGUAGUUGCCGCCGGACCUCAUCCAUCGGUGGCUGUGCAUGCUGCCACAUUGUCAGCCCCAGCUCCCAGUGUUGCUGUACAUGCCGCCACCCUGUCUGCCCCUGCCCCUAGCGUAGCCGUACAUGCUGCCCCAGUACAUGCCGUUCAUGCUGUCCAUGCUCCUGUACAUGGUGUUCAUGCCGUUCACGCUGCUGCCGUCCAUGCUGCUGCCGUACACGCUGCUCCCGUCCAUGCUCCCCUUGCUGUUCACGGUGUCCAAGGUUCCUAUGUAGCCAAAACCCGUGGUGCUGUACAUAGCGCUCCUUUGGCCGGUCAUGCCAACUCUGUGGCCAAUGUGAAUUUGGCUGCUGCCCCCGGAACCGUUUAAAUUAGAAUCUUAGAAUUGGAAUCGAAAUCAAUUUGUAGUUAAUUAGGUCUUGAAACUGCGUACAUUCACAUUGUUCUAGUUCCCGCCCUUGUCAUUUACAUAUUUAUUUGCACUCUCUGACAUUAUCAUUCCUUAACAUUCUUUUCAUCGUCACCCCCAUCAUUCUUCUAAAUGAAUAAAGCAAUUACUGUGAAAAAGUAA